AAGCCACAGUUCGCAUUGUCUCGCAAAUCUCGCCCUCAAACGCCCGACGGGAACUCCCUGCUAGCGCAAACGGAACUCCACAGCCCCGCCGCCCCCCCUGCCUGAACCCAAACCCACAAUGGCCUCCACCGCACCCGCAGCAUCAGCAGCCUCCCGCUUCUCCAAAGACGCUACCUGGAAGACCGUCCUGGCCGUCACCGUCGCGGGUGUCGUCGUCGGCGCAGGUGCAUGGUACCUGCUCUCCCAGCGCCCGUCGGAGAACAGCAAGAAGGCACAACCGACUCCGAAGAAGCCGUCGUCUUCUACGGGAGCGUCGAAUCUGAAGCGCAAGACGAAGAGUAAAACGACGUUGGUGGAGAAGAAGAAUGUAACGGUCGCUGAGGCUGCGGCUCCUAGUUUGGAUGACUUGACACCGGCAGAGGCCGCAACAGUUGCGCCCGCCGAAACCGUCGAAGGCGUCCAAGCCUACCCGCAGAACCUGUUCCCCGCCAAUCCAGACGCCCUCUCCGAAAAGGAACGAGCAGACCUAGCCAAAUCCGCAAAGACACUGGGCAACAAGUACUACGGCGAGAAGAAGUACCAGGAGGCGAUCGAUCUGUACAGCCAGGCGAUCGUGUUGCAGCCUGAUGCUGUUUUCUAUAGCAAUAGGGCUGCGUGUUAUGCUAACCUCAAUGACUACGAUAAUGUCAUCAAUGACUGCACGGAAGCAUUGAAACUGGACAACCAGUACCUGAAAGCGCUUAACCGCCGCGCCCAGGCCUACGAGAGCCAGGAAAAGUGGUCAGAGUCUCUCAACGACUACACAGUGAUGUGCGUCCUCGAAGAGUUCAAGAACGAAAGCGUCCUCGGCUCCUGCGACCGCAUCCUCAAAAACUUUGCGCAAUCCAAAGCGCAAGAGCAGAUCAAAAACAAGGUUCCCCGCCUCCCCUCCGACACCUUCAUCACCGCCUUCAUGGACUCCUUCCGUCUCACCAGCAAAGGCGCGAAAACCAUCGUGCAGCACAAAGCCGAAAAGCCGGGCGACAAGCUGGUCAAGAAGGCGUUCCAGGGAAUCAUUGACCAUAAGUGGGACGAGGCGCAGACGGCGACGGUGGAGGCGGUUGAGAGCGGGGAGCUGAGCGCGUUUUGGGAGCCGUUGGCGUAUAAUCUGAGGGCGACUUUUGGGUUUUUGAGGGGUGAUGUGGACCUGGCAAUGACGGACCUAGAGAAAUCGCUAGAAGCCGACCCGAAGAACGUCAACACGAUCAUCAAGCGCGCGUCGAUCUACAUGGAGCGCGCGGAGGUCGAGAAGGCGAUCGAGGAGUAUAACCGCGCCAUUGAGCUGGAUCCGAGGGAUCCUGAUGUCUACUACCACAGGGGCCAAAUCCGCGUCCUAACCAACGACAACCAAGGCGCCAUCGACGACUACAAAAAGUCGAUCUCCCUCGACAGCGAUUUCGUCUAUGCGCACAUCCAGCUAGGUGUGGCGCAGUACAAGCUCGGCGAUGUUGGGGGCGCCCAGACGACGUUUGAGAAGGCGAGGAGGAAGUUCAAGAACUCGCCCGAGGUGUAUAACUACAAUGGAGAGAUUCUGUUGGAUACGCAGCAGUAUGAGGAGGCGUUGAAGAAUUUCGAUAAGGCGUUGGGGAUUGCGCCCAAUUCGCCUUUGCCUUAUAUCAACAAGGCCAUUUUGUACCUGCAAUGGAAACAAGACGCGACGACCGCCGAAAUCGAAUGCCGCAAAGCGAUCGCGGUCGACCCGUACUGCGACAUUGCGUACGCGCAACUCGCGCAGUUGCUGCUGCACCAAGGCAAAUUCAGCGACUCGCUGGACGCGUACGACAAAGCGGCGGCGUUGGCGCGGACGGAGCCUGAGCUUGCGAACGCGUUGGCGUUGAGGGAGGCUGCGGCGGCGCAGUUGCAUGUUGCGACGUAUUAUCCGGAGGUCAUUGCAAGGUUGAGGGGGGGUGCCGGGUUCGGGGUUGAGUAAGGGAUGCUGUCAUAUGCGACCCGAUUUCAACCGAUCCCAACGCCAUCAUCACCCACACAUAUGAAACCGAUCCGCACCCGCACAUAUCUUCAUUUUCCCGACACCCGCCCGAAAAGAGACGGGCCGCCGACAGAGGGAAGAAAUGGAACACUUUCGCCGUCGGUCCCGUAGUUCACCACCACAACCCACCAAUGUCCGAUCCACUUGCCCAUCAUCGUCUCCCGCUCGCAUAUAUCACGGCUUUGUUGAGUGAGUAGUAAUACAUAGUCAUUAUCCAACCCCUUCAUUUCACCAGACGAGGGGUGCGGGUUGUAUGUAUGUAGUUGUUGUGGGUUUCUUCCUCCUUUUUUUAUAUUUCAUGUUAUUGGUAAUAUGUACAUCUUCAUUUCGAUCCUAUGGGAGUUAGCGAUGCGGGUGAC